AUGAAUAUAUGGAUAUAUUCUACAGGCUGGUGUCAACUGAAGAAUCUUGAAGAGCUAUAUCUCUCGGGAAACAAUCUAAAGGGCGUACUCCCUCCUUGUUUGGGAAAUCUAUCAUCUCUACAAGUCUUGGAUGUAUCUCGCAAUCAAUUGGAGGGAAAUAUUGCCCUUAGUCACCUUUCCCAUCUUAAGCAGCUCAGAUCCCUCUCAAUUAAAAAUAACCACUUUCAAGUUCCAAUAUCAUUUGGUUCAUUUAUGAACCUCUCCAACCUCAAGUUCAUUGCUUGCGAUAACAAUGAGCUAAUAGCUGCACCCAGUUUUCAGCCUUUAGUUCCAAAGUUCCAGCUUCGUGUUUUUAGUGCUUCAAACUGUACUUCAAAACCACUCGAGGCUGGAUUUCCAAACUUCCUCCAGAGCCAACAUGAUUUGGUGUUUGUUGAUCUAUCCCACAACAAAUUCGUUGGAGAACCUUUCCCAUCUUGGCUGUUUGAGAAUAAUAGAAAGUUACAUCGACUAUAUUUGAGAGACACCUCAAUUACAGGUCCUUUGCAGCUGCCACAACAUACAACACCCAACCUUCAGACAGUAGAUAUUUCUGGCAACACCAUACAUGGUCAAAUUGCAAGGAACAUAUGUUUGAUUUUUCCACGUUUGAAGAACUUCAUGAUGGCUAACAACAGCCUCACAGGUUGUAUUCCUCCUUGUUUUGGGAAUAUGAGCUCUCUCGGAUACUUGGAUCUUUCCAACAAUCAUAUGUCUUGUGAACUGCUUGAGCAUAAUUUGCCAACAGUAGGCUCCUCGUUGUGGUUUUUGAAGCUGUCCAACAACAACUUCAAUGGGCGAUUACCACCAUCUGUGUUCAACAUGACUUACCUACUUUACCUCCUUCUAGAUGGAAACAAAUUUGUAGGAGAAGUACCAGGUACUUUUUCUCUUGAAUCAUCACUUUUGUGGUUGGAUAUCAGUAACAAUCUUUUGUCAGGCAUGCUUCCAAGGGGAAUAGGGAACUCUUCAAAAUACCUACUUGAGGGAAUUGAUUUGUCCAGAAAUCAUUUUGAAGAUAUCAGUGUAAAAAUAUCUGUAGAGCUUACAGCAAAGAAAAAUUUCUACACUUACGAAGGCGAUAUCCUUCGUUACAUUUCUGUUAUGGAUCUUUCUUGUAACAGAUUCACUGGAGAAAUCCCGACAGAAUGGGGAAACUUAAGUGGGAUAUAUGCUCUAAAUCUGUCGCAAAAUAAUCUCACUGGAUUGAUCCCUCCAUCUUUCUCCAAUCUGAAGCAGAUAGAGAGCUUGGAUCUUUCACACAACAACUUGAAUGGGAGAAUUCCUGCACAACUCGUUGAACUGACCUUUCUAGCUGUUUUCAACGUGUCGUACAAUGAUUUGUCAGGAAGAACACCGGAGAUGAAAAAUCAAUUUGGUACCUUUGAUGAAAGCAGUUAUAAAGGGAAUCCUCUUCUUUGUGGACCUCCAUUGCAAAACAGUUGCGACAAAACAGAAUCACCAUCAGCGAGAGUGCCUAACGAUUUCAAUGGAGAUGGUGGCUUCAUAGACAUGUACAGUUUCUAUGCCAGCUUUGGUGUGUGUUACAUAAUUGCGGUGUUGACAAUUGCAGCAAUUCAGAAUGUGAUUGGGUCUUAUCAUGAGCGUGUGGGCUGCUUUCUGAAUUUGUUGCAAUCCUCUGUGGGGAAGCAGUCGCAUUCCAAAUCAAUGGUUGCUCACAACAUGUUUAGCAAUUUGCCUAACAUUGGAACAUUGCCUACUCUUAAAGUAUUGUCUGUUGGCCAAUGUGACCUUAAUGGCACCCUGCCCGCUCAAGAUUUGUUCUUCUCGGGUCCUUUAGAUCUGCUCCGGGUCAGCUGUUAUGGGUUCAUCUUCUUCUCUUCUGCUUCGGCGAGAUUGGCGACCGGCGGUGAAGGAGAUGAAGAAAACGGCGGGGUUGCUGCAGGAGGAAUCUGCUGCGGCUCGCUUGGCUGGUCCGAAUGUUGCUGUCGCUGCCACCACCGGGGGAAAAGAGACUGUUGUUGGCCGGUGUCCACGGCGGCUGAGGAGAUCGGGUCUGCUGCUGCUAACGGCGAGGGAGGAAGGGCGUGGGGAACAACUGAGAAAGGGAAGAUGUCGCUGCUGAUGGCGAAGAAGAUGGGUUUGUCUUGGCUCGCAGCUGGGGAGAAAGAUGGUCGGCCGAGAGAGGGGAAGCCUUUGGCGUGCGGCGGCCGAGGGUUGGUGUUGAUGGAGGAGCUGGGUCUGCUCGGGUUGGAUGAAGAGGGUCCGGCUGGAAGAGGAAAAAUGGUGGCUGAGCUGCUUGGUGAGGGAGAAGACCGAGGAAGGGAAGAUGAGCAUAAACGGGGUGAAGAAGAUGAAACAAAAAUCCAGCCCUGGGGGGAGACGGCCGGCCGAGGAAGAAGAUGA